AUGAGUGCCGCAGGAGACUUCGUGCCGCCAAUGUUUAAUUUUAAACGCGAACGUAUGAAUGUCGCUCUGGAAAAAAAUGGAUCUGUAGGUGCAAUCUACCGUUGCUCGAAAUCAGGAUGGAUCACUGAAGAUUUAUUUCUGGAGUGGUUAAAGCAUUUCGCUCAAUAUGUAAAUAUCUCUACUGUAGAUCCAGUGUUAGUAAUUUUAGAUAAUCAUGCCACACACUCUUCCUUGAAGUCUUAUAAAUCCUGCCGUGAAAACGGGAUUGUUCUUGUUUCACUGCCCCCACACACUUCCCACCGGCUCCAGCCUCUGGAUGUCACAUUUUUCAGUUCACUAAAGACAGCAUAUAGUAAGGAAUGCGAUCUUCAUAUGAAGACCCAUCAUUAUAGCAAAAUUGAAGUGACUGACAUCGCAGAGCUCUUUGCCAAAGCUUAUAAUCGCAUCACUUCUAAAGAAAAAGGUUUAAAUGGGUUUAAAAAUACGGGUAUAUUUCCGUUAGACAGAAACCUAUUUGGUGAGGAAGAAUUUACUGAAAUGUCAGUAGAAGCAACAGUAGGAGCAAAUUCCGACAUCGAAAGAGAAGCUAGCGAAUUAAGCUUUUCUCCCGAAAAUUCCGUUUAUUUAGAUUCGAAGCCCGGAACUAGUACGGCUUCAGACUCACCAUAUGUACCAACCAAAAGCUACUAUAAAAAAUAUAUGCGUCAAACUACACCGCCACUGGAAACCUAUAAUACGAAGCCGCGUGCAAAUUUAGAGAAAAAAAAGCGUCAGCGCAGGUCAUCUUCCAGCGAUAGCUUUUCAACAGACAUUACAGACGAAAUCUCCGACGAAAACGCAACCGAUGAUGGAGACAAGACCGUUCUAUUAAAGGGUACAUCCUUUGAAGACUUUCAUCCCACACCCCGAUUAAUAGAAAAACCACUCUUUAAAAAAAGAAAACAAAUGUCCCAAAUACUAAUAUCCACUCCGCUGCAGGCAUCUUUAGAGGAAAAAGAAGCAAAGAGAGAGAAAAAGAAAGUUGACGAAGCCACAAAAAAAUUAUUUCAACAAGGAAGAUCGGUGGGAUUUAAAAAGACAGCAGCUAAAACACAAAUUAAGGACAAGUCUAAACGUAAACAGCAACAUGGAGAGUGUAUGAAAGAGAACGAUUUAUGUCCAAUAUGCGUAGAGACUGGAAGGACAGAUGAACUGUGGUGGCGGUGCAGAUCAUGUGGUACUUGGCUUCAUGCUGCCUGUACUGCGGUAUCUCAGCCAGAAGACUUGGAUUCGUGUAUAGAACGUGAAUAG